AUGCUGUCUAAGAAGUCGUCGAUACUCAUUUCGUCUUACACUAACCUCAGUCCCCUAUACUAUGCUCACGUCCCGAGCUGCUGCCCUCCACAGCCGCGGAAGUCAUGCCGUCAUACAUUCUCACGUCUUGAGCCCGCACGACAACGGCGCAGCUACGCCCAACAUCAGCAUGUGCCCGCGUACCCCGACGACGUAGAACUGCUGAAAUGGCCAGAUGCCGAAAAACCACACAAAACACCCACCCCCUACCAGAUUCUCAAAUGCAGAAAGGGCGAUGCAUACACCAAGCACCGCUUCUAUGCCCUCGUCAAGCUCUACCACCCCGACCGCUGCCAUGCCUCGGCCGCUAUAGCUCAGCUGCCCCUUCACGUGCGCCUCGAGCGCUAUCGAAUGCUAGUCGCUGCACACGACAUCUUGUCUGAUGUCCAGAAACGCAAAGCGUAUGAUGCCUGGGGCCACGGCUGGGCCGGCCACCACCAGACACCCACCGUACCCCGCCAUAAUGACUGGGAUUAUGAUCCAAAUCGCUGGGCCACGGACCCGCGUACCAAUGCGACAUGGGAAGACUGGGAGCGCUGGCACUACGAGAACGGCGGCGGCGGCAAGGAUGACGCGCGAACCAUCCAGAUGUCCAACUUCACCUUCAUGGCCCUCAUUUUUGCCUUUGUAAGCAUAGGUGGUGUCGUGCAGGGCACCAGGUUUAACACCUUCAACAACUCAGUCAUUGAGAGGCGGGACCAGAUACACCGAGAGGCGAGCAUGGAGUAUCGGCGGAGUAGGAAUGCUACCCUGAGCGCAAGUGGAGAUCGCGACGAGCGCAUACGCACCUUCCUGGAGCAUAGGGAGUCGACUAUUGUUGGCGAGCAAUCCUACCAGCGCUUGCUCCCGCCUGCCGACACUUGCUCGCCAGAAGAGGUCAGGAGGCAGUAA